ACUGUUUAAUUAAACGCAGGAGUAACUUGUACCCAUCCCCUCAAACGCAAGACUGCUCCGUUUGUCCUCCCACCAGAAUCUUCGAGCAAUGGCAUCCUCGAGCAGAAGCGGCCCCACAUUCAAGCUCCACCCUCUGGUGAUCGUCAACAUCUCCGACCACUACACCCGCGUUAAAGCUCAGACCCAGCGCUCCGUCUCCACUGGCACGGCCUCCUCGUCACUUACGGCCGCCAAUGGCAGUGCUGCGCCUCGCGUCUUUGGCUGCGUCAUCGGUGAACAGCGCGGCCGCACUGUUGAAAUCUUUAACAGCUUCGAAAUGAUCCUGGAUCCCAUUUCCCAAACCCUCGACCGCGCCUUCCUGGAGAAGAAGCAAGAGCUCUAUAAGAAAGUUUUCCCCAACUUUUAUAUUCUGGGGUGGUACUCGACUGGGAAUGAUGCGGAGGAGUCCGACAUGCAGAUUCAUAAAGCGCUAAUGGAUAUCAAUGAAAGUCCUGUUUAUGUUCUUUUAAAUCCCGCAAUUAGUCAUGCUAAGAAGGAUCUUCCAGUAACCAUCUUUGAAACUGAACUGCAUGUCAUUGAUGGUAUUCCUCAGCUGAUAUUUGUGCGAGCAAAUUAUGCUAUUGAGACUGUAGAGGCAGAGCGAAUUUCAGUUGAUCAUGUAGCUCAUCUCAAACCUUCUGAUGGAGGCUCAGCAGCGACACAAUUGGCUGCCCAUCUUACUGGAAUACAUAGCGCCAUCAAAAUGUUAAACAGUAGGAUCAGGAUAGUUCAUCAAUAUCUUCUUGCAAUGCAAAGAGGUGAUGUGCCCCUUGAGAAUUCAUUACUCAGGCAAGUCUCAAGUCUACUAAGAAGGCUGCCAGCCAUGGAAUCAGAAAAAUUUCAGGAUGAUUUCUUGAUGGAAUUCAAUGACACACUUCUUAUGACCUACCUUGCCAUGUUUACCAAUUGUGCAAGCACCAUGAACGAACUGGUUGAAAAGUUCAGUACAAUUUAUGAUCGACACAGCAGAAGAGGAGGAAGGACUUCAUUCAUUUAAUACAGUAUAUGCCAUAUACACUAUCUUCUUCAAAGCCUGUUCACUACAUACAAUUUAUAGUUAGGGUCUAGAAAGAAAUUGGUUUGUUUUCCUGAAAGUAUGAUUAAGCUUUCAGAAUGAAAACAUUUUCUCAUUUCAGCCAAAAUCAUUUUAGGUUUGGUAAUUUCUCUUUACACUUUCGCUGACCUUUUGCUUAUUGUGCAAUUUUGAGUUUUAUUACUUGCUUUUGAACUUCCGAUGCUUGAACUCAGCUAAUAAAUUUGCUUACAGUAUGUGAGAAA